AUGUCGCUAGCACACUCCACUCGUGGCUCGCAUGUUCAUGUUGUCGUUGGUUUACUCUAUACCUAUCGUAACUUCUGGUCGGGUGACUCGUCUGACCCCUUGCAUGUGGGAUACCCCCGUCAUAGCUGCUGCGAUACAUCGUCCAUGUUGUGCGAGGUUAGGGCUAUCUUCGUAGAUGACCAGGGGGUGGGCUCGUAUGCAGGAGGAGGCUGGGCUCGGUAUGGCUUAGUUUGCAUGUAG